AUGAGCUACUACAAUCCCCACGGCGGCCCCACGCCGCCGUCCCCGACCCCGCCCCCAGGGUACCCGAUCGAUGCGUACGGGGAGCGCAGGGCGGACGAACACCAGCAGUCGCCGCCUCCGCCGCACGGGACGCCUCGGCCGCAGCCGAUGUACGGGGAGCGCGGGAACGGCGAGCACCACCAGCACCAGCCGCCGCUGCUGCCGUAUGGGAUGCCUCCGCCGCAGCCGAUGUACGGGGAGAGCGGGUACGACGACCACCACCAGAAACAGCCGCCGCCGCAGCACGGGACUCCUCCGCCGCAGCCGAUGUACGGGGAGCGCGGGUGCGACGAGCACCACCAGCAGCAGCACGGGACGCCUCCGGCGCAGCCCAUGUACCAGCAGCCCUACGGAUACGGGCAGCCGCCCCCGCCGAUGUACCCGCCGCCGUACGGAACGCCGCCGCCGAUGUACCAGCAACCGUACGGGCAGCCGCCGCCGCCGAUGUACCCGCCGCCGUACGCGCAAGCGCCGCCUCCGCCGCCUCCCUACAGGAGCAACGGCCCUUCGUUCGUGGAAGGAUGGUUUUGCAGCGAUCUGCUGCUGCUGCCUCAUGGACGCAUGCUUCUGAUCUCAAGCAGAGCUAAUGCCGUCUUGGGUGCCCGUAAGCGAGGGGGUCAGAUCGUCGUCAGGUUGAAGGAGGACGAGACCAUCGCCUGCUAG